CCUUCCCUCUCGUUCUCCGCCUCCGGCCACGCUCCUCACGAGUCGCCUGGGCUGGGACAAACGCAAUCAACCAACGCCCGGUCAAACACUCCUCCCCUCCUCCCUCCCCCGUACCCCCUCGCCGCCUUCCCUGACCCGUCCCCGCCCCCGAUCCCACCCGGCCCAUGGCGUCGGAGAUCGAGGUGCUCGAGGACACCACCACCUCCUCCUCCUCGACCUCCCUCGUCGCGGCGGCGUCCACGGCACCUUCCGCCGCGGAUGGCGCGGGGGCGGAGGCGGGGGCGGGGGCCGCGGCCGCGGAGGACGAGUCGCUGAAGAACGACGUGUACACCGCGGCGGCGUACGGCGAUCUGGAGAAGCUGCAGCGGCUGGUGGAGGGGGAGGGCCGGCCCGUCGGCGAGCCCGACGGCGGGGGGUACCACGCGCUCCAGUGGGCCGCGCUCAACAACCGCGUCGCCGCCGCGCAGUACAUCCUCGAGCAUGGCGCAGACAUAAAUGCUGUGGAUCACACUGGACAAACAGCACUUCACUGGAGUGCUGUACGUGGUCAUAUUCAAGUUGCUGAAUUACUUUUGAAAGAAGGAGCUAAGGUGGAUGCUGCUGAUUUAUAUGGGUAUCAGGCCACACAUGUUGCAGCACAGUAUGGUCAGACUGCAUUCAUUUAUCACAUCGUUGCGAAAUGGAAUGCUGAUCCAGAUGUCCCUGAUAAUGAUGGAAGAAGCCCUUUACAUUGGGCUGCUUAUAAGGGAUUUGCAGACUCCAUACGGCUUCUUUUGUUUUUGGAUGCUUAUAGGGGACGGCAAGACAAAGAAGGUUGUACACCUUUACAUUGGGCUGCUAUUCGAGGGAAUCUUGAGGCAUGCACUGUGCUAGUUCAGGUUGGCAAAAAGGAUGACUUGAUGGUGAAAGACAAAACUGGUUUAACUCCAGCACAGCUUGCUGCUGAUAAGAAUCACCGGCAAGUUAAAUUUUUCCUUGACAAUGCUGGAAGGGUAUAUGACAGAGGGUGUGGUGCGAAUACCAAAUUUGGGAAAUUAUCAAAAUUAGGACUUGCUCCACUUCUUUGGUGCAUCAUUAUUGGCAUGCUUAUUACAUACAUACACUCCGUUAUAUCAGUACAAUAUGCCACAAAUAUGACAGCACCAUUUGGGAUGUUCGCAUGGUCAGGAGUUUUUCUUGCAACUGCUGGGUUGGUCAUGUUCUAUAAAUGUAGCAGGAAAGAUCCUGGCUUCAUCAACAUAAAUACAAGGGGCUCGCAAAAUCAAAGGGAUGAUGAACCAUUGCUGAAGAUGGAGUUAGAAAAUCCUGCACUUCUUUCUGGCAACUGGUCACAACUUUGUAUAACUUGCAAAAUAGUCAGACCUGUUCGUUCGAAACAUUGCUCUACAUGUGAUCGUUGUGUGGAGCAGUUUGACCAUCACUGCCCCUGGGUAUCUAAUUGCAUUGGAAAGAAGAACAAAUGGGAAUUCUUCAUGUUCCUCACUCUAGAAGUUCUUGCAAUGAUCAUUACUGGUUCUGCUGCCAUAAUGAGAAUUGUAAGGGAUCCAGAUUCUCCAUCAUCCUUUGGUGCUUGGAUUCAUUAUUCUGCGUUUCAGCAUCCUGGGGUGGUUUCCUUUCUUGCAAUGGAUUUUUUCCUUUUCUUUGGCGUUGCCGUUCUAACAGUUGUUCAAGCAUCGCAGAUAGCAAGGAACAUUACAACAAACGAGAUGGCAAAUUCCAUGAGAUACGCCUAUCUCAGAGGCCCAGGUGGCAGAUUCAGAAACCCGUAUGAUCAUGGGAUUCGCAAGAACUGCUCUGACUUCUUGUUAAAUGGAUAUAAUGAGGACAUUGAACGGCUAGAACAGACAUCGCGCACUGAUGAGGAAAUGGGAAUGAUACAGAUGACAGGUGCAGUCUCACAGAAUGGUGAUCAUGGUAAUGGCACUGACCAUAGUUGCACUGAUUCGCAAACAAACUCAAAAUCUCAUAGCAAAGCGGGUUCUUCUCAGUGUUGUGACCACAGUAAGAGGACUGAUAGGGCACCGUUGGGCCUAGGAUUGGGCCUUGGGCGAAACAGUGCAUCCCGACAGUAUGUUCGGUCUCUUAUCCCAUUGUGAUCCAGCAGUUGGAAACUUGGAGAUCAGGUGUUUGUUUCAUUGUAGAUUGUGUGUGUUCACUGUCAGGCUCCAUCAUUUGUUUAUCUGCUCUUACAUGAUUUACCAUAUAGCAUUGGCCACGCAGUGUUAACAUUGUUGGGGCAUUAGCUCGGAAAUACCCAGGUAUAUCUGGUGCUGUAGUUUUGCGGUGAAUACAAAGGAGGUGAAUGUAGUGCUCGCGAAUAUCAGCUGAUCUGCAGUUUGGAAACAUCAGAGCGCCUCUGCGAAAAAGAGAUCAGUUAUGGCAGUUGCAGUGGCACGAAAUGUCUUCACAGUUUUUGUGUACAUCAGGUUCGGUGGUACCCCCAUUGUAACUGUAAAUCCAGAAAAUUGUAAAUUGAUUAGUAAGCUCAUUUUAGUAGAGCUGUUUUACUUUUUUUUCCAUUUUGGGUCAGAUUACUGUUAUGAGGCACGGAAAGAUUUUGUGGUUUUCCGUUGUGGAUACCCCAGUUAGUCUAAUUAUGCACUGUACUGGUGGUGCACGAUUGUGAGUGCUUCGGAGUUUAGGAUGUUCUUGCUACGAAACGUGUUACAAACUGACAAGUAUCAUGACUGCAUCAUUUCUUGUUUGGUACAAAAAUCGAGUUCAUUAUUGUUGAUGCAA